AUGCCUACAUUCAGAAACACACAUUCAUUGGGAUGAAUCUUGUUUUAAAUUGAUUAAUACUAUUGAUAACUUGCUGUUUCUGUCUAUUGGUUCAGAUUCUCCCAAAGAGGCUCAAAACGUGGCUUCAUGUAACACAAAAGAAGACAGGCCUCAGAGGAAAAGGACCAGAGAAACAUUUACAGGAAGCAGCAGUCCAGAGACCAGUUCCUCACCAAGAAAGAGGAUGAGAAUGAUGAUGCCUGAGGAUUCCCAAACAUCAGGCUCUGAGGUGAAAAUCAAACCUCAGAAGAAAAGAAAAAGGGACUCUGCAGAGACCCAGUUUGAAAACAGCCUGGAAAGAUUAAUGCCAAAGAAGAAGAAAAUGAAGCUGGACAAAGAUUUAGUCAAAGCUAAAACAGAUUCUCCCAAAGAGGCUCAAAACGUGGCUUCAACUAACACAAAAGAAGACAGGCCUCAGAGGAAAACGACCAGAGAAACAUUUACAAGAAGCAGCAGUCCAGAGACCAGUUCCUCGCCAAGAAAGAGGAUGAGAAUGAUGAUGCCUGAGGAUUCCCAAACAUCAGGCUCUGAGGUGAAAAUCAAACCUCAGAAGAAAAGAAAAAGGGACUCUGCAGAGACCCAGUUUGAAAACAGGAGUCCAGACACCAGCUCUCCGGAGAGGAAAAAAAGGAAAAAGGGUCUUCUUCAGGCAUCUCAGCAGGAUCCAUGUGAAGCUACAUCCUCUGAGGUUACACUUAAACCUCGGAGGAAGAGAACAUUGGGAACUUUUACAGUUCCACAGUUUGAAAGCAGCCUGGAAAGAUUAAUGCCAAAGAAGAAGAAAAUGAAGCUGGACAAAGAUUUAGUCAAAGCUAAAACAGAUUCUCCCAAAGAGGCUCAAAACGUGGCUUCAACUAACACAAAAGAAGACAGGCCUCAGAGGAAAAGGACCAGAGAAACAUUUACAGGAAGCAGCAGUCCAGAGACCAGUUCCUCACCAAGAAAGAGGAUGAGAAUGAUGAUGCCUGAGGAUUCCCAAACAUCCGGCUCUGAGGUGAAAAUCAAACCUCAGAAGAAAAGAAAAAGGGACUCUGCAGAGACCCAGUUUGAAAACAGCCUGGAAAGAUUAAUGCCAAAGAAGAAGAAAAUGAAGCUGGACAAAGAUUUAGUCAAAGCUAAAACAGAUUCUCCCAAAGAGGCUCAAAACGUGGCUUCAACUAACACAAAAGAAGACAGGCCUCAGAGGAAAAGGACCAGAGAAACAUUUACAAGAAGCAGCAGUCCAGAGACCAGUUCCUCACCAAGAAAGAGGAUGAGAAUGAUGAUGCCUGAGGAUUCCCAAACAUCCGGCUCUGAGGUGAAAAUCAAACAUCAGAAGAAAAGAAAAAGGGACUCUGCAGAGACCCAGUUUGAAAACAGGAGUCCAGACACCAGCUCUCCGGAGAGGAAAAAAAGGAAAAAGGGUCUUCUUCAGGCAUCUCAGCAGGAUCCAUGUGAAGCUGCAUCCUCUGAGGUUACACUUAAACCUCGGAGGAAGAGAACAUUGGGAACUUUUACAGUUCCACAGUUUGAAAGGCGCUCAGGCCAUGGCUCUCCGGAGAGGAAGAGAAGAAAGAUUGGCUUUCUUGGUGUGUCCCAACGGGAUCGAUGUGAAGCUGCAUCAUCUGAGGUUACAGUUAAACCUCGGAGGAAGAGAACGUUGGAUGAUUUGACAGAUGCUCCACGUGGAAGCAGAUUCUCCCAAAGAGGCUCAAAACGUGGCUUCAACUAA